UCGAUGCAUCAGUGUACAUUUUACAUCCCUAGCGCUCGCUCGUUUUGCCAGAAGACGGUUCGUCAUAAAAUUAGCAUUUCUUUGUUUAAAGUCCAGGAAUCAUUUAAAAAGGCCUCGCCAGAAGGACAACGACCAACUGAGAAGAGCCGCUCAAGAAACCAGAGGACACCACCAACAUGGCUGUUAACGUUUACUCCACAAAUGUGACGUCAGAGAAUCUCUCGCGCCACGAUAUGCUGGCCUGGGUCAACGAUUGUCUCCAGUCGCAGUUCUCAAAAAUCGAGGAGCUCUGCACAGGUGCCGCUUACUGCCAGUUCAUGGACAUGCUGUUCCCCAAUUCAGUGCCCGUAAAGCGUGUCAAAUUCCGUACAAAUCUGGAGCACGAGUACAUACAGAACUUCAAGAUUUUGCAGGCGGGCUUCAAAAAGAUGUCUGUGGAUAAGAUCAUACCAGUUGAUAAACUGAUUAAGGGACGUUUCCAAGACAACUUCGAGUUCCUCCAGUGGUUUAAGAAGUUCUUCGAUGCCAAUUAUGAUGGUCGCGAGUACGAUCCGUUGGCCCAGCGGGGCGGGGUCAAGAUGGGCAAUGGCAACGGACACGGCAGCAACGGAGGCAGUGGCGUGGGCAGCAGCAACAACGAUCUCCACCUGAUGCAUCGUCGGCCCCUGCAGGCGCCAGCCGCAACCCUACGCAAUCCCCCACGGGUCAUCGCUCAGAAUGCAGCAGUCUCCAAGGUGCUGCCACGCACGAACAACGCUGCGCCACCGAGCAGAAUAACCGCCGGGGCCAACAGCACGGGCACAGUCAAGAAGAACGACGCGGGAAACUCAGUCAACAAUCAGCAGAUCGAAGAGAUGUCAAACCAGGUCAUGGAUAUGCGCAUAAACCUGGAGGGAUUGGAGAAGGAGCGCGACUUUUACUUCUCGAAGUUGCGGGACAUUGAAAUUCUAUGCCAAGAAGCAGAUGACGGCGAGCAACAUCCGCUCAUUCAAAAGAUAAUGGACAUCCUGUAUGCGACUGAGGUAGGACAUGAUGGCUUUGCGCCGCCAGACGAUGCACCACCAGAGGACGAGGAGUAUUAAUUUAAAAGGAGAAAACAAAAAGAAAAACAACCCACUAAAUUCAUUUGCUGCAUACAUAUUCAAAACAUAAGUCAAGAAGCAAGAUGAAGGGUACAAAAAUAAAGUUUACUGAUUAGACGGGAACCAAGAAGACGUUUAGCAAACGAGAAGACUUACGAAUGCGUAGAGGGUUUAAGUCCCGAAGCCGAGGUUGACGACAGGAGCGCUAAGUGAUUAAAUCGUUAUUUUUCAAACCACUUUGAUUCAAACAUGCUCAAACGAUAGAAGACGGGAAUUACUUUCAUACUAAAAGAUCUUUCGGUUCAAAAUUGUGGUCGCGAAUGUUAUCCUGCGUUCUGCCGUUACCGAUGAGUGUCAACACAGUCAUCAACCACUUCAUAUUUAAAUUGUUUGUAAUUUAGCGGAAUAAAAGAAAACUAAAUCUCACUAUCUAAGAAAAAGCUAACGAACACUUUUCAAAAUUCUUCGUUGAACUCAAAAACUCAUACUUAAGAAAUUUGUUUAAAAUUCUCAGUUUACCAUUGUAAUAUGAUUUAGUUCUCUGUAACAUAUGCUUUACACGAUUAAAACCAAUUUAAUACAUUUAAAUUUUUUGUAUAAGUUCAACUUUUCAGUAGCUGACUUAAAUCGUUUUGAGUGUUGUAUGUAGUGGAUCGCAUGAGCCGAAUUUGUAUAAUCUAAAAAAUAUUUAACGAUGAGAUGUCAUUCACCAAACGGUAUUUUGUACUUUCAAUUUCUACUUUUAAAUAAUUGGCUUCAUAAAAAAAUGAUUAUAUAGAUUAAGUGAUUUUUUGCUCUCGAUUCUUUUUAAGUUCUAUAUUUAUGUGUAAAACAGGUAGAACUCGUUAAAAAGUUUGAAUAAAAAGCGAACAUCUUUCUAUUUUCUAAACACA